AUGAUUCUUGCUCAACUUGCUUGGCUUGCCGGCUUCGCUGGCACUGCUAUUGCUGCAACUCCAGCUGAAUGGCGCUCGCAGUCAAUCUACUUCAUGCUCACUGAUCGCUUUGCCCGAACUGAUGGAUCGACUACUGCUACUUGUAAUACCAGUGAUAGAAAAUACUGUGGUGGAACAUGGCACGGAAUCAUAGACAAGCUGGACUACAUUCAAGGAAUGGGCUUCACAGCCAUUUGGAUCACUCCCGUAACCGGUCAAUUGACCGAGGAUACCAAGUAUGGAGAUCCAUAUCACGGAUACUGGCAACAGGAUAUAGAGGCUCUGAACCCGAACUAUGGAACCGCAGAUGACCUCAAAGCUCUCGCUGCGGCCUUGCAUGAACGCGACAUGUAUCUCAUGGUCGAUGUAGUCGCAAAUCACAUGGGCUAUGCUGGUGCAGGAACUGACAUGGAUUACUCCAAAUUCAACCCCUUCAAUAAUGCGAAGUAUUUCCACUCUUACUGCCCAAUCACCGAUUACAGCAACGACACCAUGGCGCAAAAGUGCUGGCUUGGCGAUAACUCCGUCUCGCUACCGGAUCUGAAUACAGAUAGUGCGGAGGUGCAGAAGAUUUGGUAUGACUGGGUGAGGAAGUUUGUUACUGACUACUCGAUUGACGGUCUUCGUAUCGAUACAGUCAAACAUGUCCAAAAAGACUUCUGGCCCGGCUACAACAAAGCGGCCGGCGUCUACUGCGUGGGCGAGGUCUUUGACGGUGACGUUGGCUAUACCUGUCCAUACCAGGAGGUACUGGACGGAGUGCUCAACUACCCAAUUUACUAUCCGCUCCUCAACGCGUUUCAAUCGACUUCCGGAAACAUGGCUGCCCUAUACGACGCCAUCAACACGGUGAAAUCAAGCUACAAGGAUUCAACGCUUCUGGGUAAUUUCUUGGAAAAUCACGAUAAUCCCCGUUUUGCCUCCGUCACCGACGAUAUUGCCCUCGCCAAGAAUGCAGCCACAUUCACCAUCAUGACGGACGGUAUCCCUAUUGUCUAUGCAGGGCAGGAGCAGCAUUAUAGCGGUGGCAAGGAUCCAGCUAAUCGCGAGGCUCUGUGGCUUUCUGGAUUUGACACGGACAGCGAACUGUACAAGCUUAUUGCAAAGGCCAAUGGUGCUAGAAAUGCGGCGAUUGCUAAGAGUACCAAUUAUACUAUCUACCAGGUAUGGCUUGUCUCUUUCUAUCUUAAUAAGAGGAGAAAGAAGAACGGAAAGAUUAAUACUUCACAGAACUACCCAAUCUACAAAGACGAGAGCACCAUCGCCAUGCGGAAGGGCUAUGAUGGCGGACAGGUAAUCACCGUCUUAACCAAUCUCGGUACAGGGGGUAAAGAGUACUUGCUUUUAAUCCCUGAUACUGGAUUCAAGGCCGGUGAUAAGUUGACGGAAAUUAUAUCCUGCGCCAGUGUUACUGUUGCUGAGGGUGGGAAGGUCCCUGUUCCUAUGGCUGGCGGAGAGCCGAGGAUUUUGCUCCCUACCUCUUUGCUUGAGGGCUCACGUCUGUGUUCGUCAUAG